GCUGUAUAGUUUGCAGGAAUUUGCUAAAUAUUGUGUAUUUGUGUGAAAGUUAACAGUAAAAUAUAAUGAUAUUGCAAUGUGCAAGAUAAAAACCAAGUUAAUUAAUGUAACGCAGAGAUUCAGGGUGGGUGGUAUGAGGUUUUUGUCCUGGUAGAACCGCAGUCUCGUGCCAGCAGCGUCCCAGAUGGUAAUGGAGGAGGUGAGGAUGGACUCAAUGAUGGCAGUGUAGAAGUGCACCAUCAGGGGAGUCAGACAGAGUGAUAGUGGGGCUGGGUUCUUCCAACCGUCUCCACUGUCUUUAGAGGGUUGAGCUCCAGGUUGUUCUGGCUGCACCAGGUCACCGGAUAUGAAGCAGCAUGUGAACUGUUUACCUGUUUUCAUGUUCUUUCUAAUUGGAAUCUGUGCACUAGAUGCUAAUUGGGUUGAAUAUGAAGCCAAAGAAUAAAAAUACUAGAAACUGUGGUGGCUGUGAAACGUACGAAAAACACGAAUGCACUUCUAGAGCCAGUGUUUGGUUUGUCCCUCCUGGGCUACUGUAGAAACAUGGUGACUGUAGAUAAUUCUGUCUUAAUUCUGGCUUCUCUGCACUGCUUGCUCACCAAAUACUCAACUGAUUGAUUGUUUGAGAUCCUUUAAGUCACAUGCAAAGCAUGAAAUAUUUCACUGCUUCAGGGUCCUCAGAACAAUGGCUCCAACUCUUCAGUGCUCCACAUUAAAAUCCAAAUGUUAUAUCAGAUAAAGAAAGUUUUCCUACAAUCAACUAAGAAUGCAAGGCAAGACUUUAUUACUCCUCCAGUUAAUUGAUUUCCACUGCAUUUUUAACAGCCUUGUCGAAGACUUUUUUCUAUCUGGCUAAAUAAAUCAUUUUAGGUCUUUGUAAAGUCAGUUGUUUGGACUCCCAGCCCUCUAUCAACAACAUAACUGUAUUACUGGAAGCUCAAAGCCCCUGAGCAAAGUGCAAAGUCUCUACCCCUUAUCCACCACUAUCCACUGAUCAUUACCCUCAUCACAGUAUCACAGCACCACAUCACUGUCUUCAGGGACUUCAGAACAGCUGGAUAAAGAGACAUUGCUAAGAGUUUGGACGGUUAGGACCAGAGCAUGUUUGUGACUGCGCUACUGCUUCUGGUCACUCUUUGUGCCCAGGGAGGAAGUGGCGAGAAGAGAGAUGAGGCACAGAGACCUGGCCAUGUUUCGGUGGUCAUAGUGGGAGGCACAGGUGACCUGGCAAAGAAGUAUCUGUGGCAGGGCUUCUUCGAGCUGUACGUUAACCAGGUCAAAGGUGCAAACACCUUUUCCUUUUACGGCGGAGGACUGACACCUACUGACAAGGGCACACCGGUCCUCUUUGAGAUCCUGAAGGCGGUGUCCUGCUCAAAGGAUGUAUCCAAGGAGCGCUGCGCUGUGCUUAAAGACCAGUUCCUGCGGCUCUCACAGUAUCGGCAGCUGAAGACCCUAGAGGACUACCAAAAUCUGGUCAAGAACAUUGAGCAAGAGCUUCAACAAGAGGGUAUGACAGAGGCAGGGAGGCUCUUCUACCUCUCAGUGCCAGCCUUUGCAUAUGCAGAUAUUGCUGAUAACAUCAAUAGUAGUUGUAGGCCGACCAGCAGGGCGUGGCUGAGAGUGGUGCUAGAGAAACCUUUUGGACACGACUUUAGGAGUGCUCAGGUGCUUGCAUCUCAGCUCGGGAACUCCUUAAAGGAUGAAGAAAUGUACAGAAUUGACCAUUACCUAGGGAAGCAGGUGGUUGCAAAGAUACUUCCAUUCAGAGAAGAGCACAAGAAGUUUCUGGAUCCCAUCUGGAACAAGCAACACAUUGAGAGAGUGGAGAUUUUAUUAAAAGAGACCCUUGAUGUGAAAGGUCGUAUUCCCUUCUAUGACCAGUACGGGGUGGUCAGAGAUGUGCUACAGAACCACUUGACAGAGGUCAUGACCCUGUUGACCAUGAGACUUCCCCUGAAUCUGAGCAGCAGUGAGGAAAUCCUGCAAAACAAGCUGCAGAUCUUCAGCUCCCUGCUGCCUGUAGGAAAGAACCAAGCUGUUGUCGGCCAGUACCAAGCAUACCAAACAGAGGUUCAACAGGAGCUGAAUAAGACGAAAGAUCAUGUCAGUCUCACACCAACAUUUGCAGCUGUUUUGGCGUACAUCGAUGAUGUCCAGUAUGAAGGUGUGCCGAUUCUUUUGAUCUCAGGGAAGAUGUUAGAUGAACGGGUGGGAUAUGCACGCAUACUUUUCAAGAAUGAUGUCUUUUGUCUUCAGAACCACAACAGCGUUCACUGCAAGCCCAAACAAAUAGUUUUCCACUUUGGGCAUGGCCGUCUUCAAUAUCCAGCAAUCCUUGUGAGUAAGAAUUUAUUCAAGCCAGUUUCAAAGGACAGUGAAUGGAAGGAAGUGACAGAGCAUGCAGAUGUCGAUGUUCUAGGUUUGCCUAUUUCAGACUACUAUGUGCAAACUCCAACAAAGCCGAGGGAAGCUUAUUCAGAACUCAUUUCUCACAUUUUUGCUGGACACAAGAAUAGCUUCAUUAGUACUGAAAACUUGCUGGCUUCCUGGGGCUUGUGGACGCCGCUACUCAGUAGCCUCGCCAGCUCUUUCCCCCGCAUCUACCCCGGGGGUGCCGACAACGGAGACCUGCUGGACAUCCAUGUGAAAGGCAGAGAAAUUAGCUACAACAGUGAGGUGGUGAUAAUCAACAAUGAUCAGAUGGGUGGCACGUCAGCAAACGGUUUCCAAGUGAUGCAAGGCAAAUUUCGUAGUGUUGAGAUGGUGUCUGCCUGGUCUGAGGAGCUGGUGAAUAGGCUAGCUGCAGACAUACAGGAAGCAGCGGAGGCAGCUGUGCACAAGGAUGGCGUUUUCCAUCUUGCCCUCUCUGGUGGGUCCUCUCCUUUAGCUCUGUACUUCAGGUUGGCCCUGCACCACUUCUCCUUCCCCUGGAGGAAAACCCAUGUGUGGAUGGUGGACGAGCGCUGCGUACCAAUGACCGAACUGGAGUCUAACUUCCACAGCCUGCACGACCAUUUACUGCAACACGUGAGGAUACCCUAUUACAACAUCCACCCCAUGCCAGUGCAGCUCAACCAGCGUCUAUGUGUGGAGGAGGACGGAGGAGCUCUGAUGUACGAGAAAGAGGUCAGCAAGUUGGUCAAUGGCUCCAGCUUCCACUUUGUGCUGCUGGGAGUCGGCUAUGACAGCCACACGGCCUCUCUGUUCCCCGGUAAUAAAGUGGAUGAACACGGGGAGAGUCUGGUGGCCCUCACAGAGAGCCCCAUCAAGCCUCACCAGCGCAUGACCCUCACGUUCAGUGCCAUUAACCGAGCCCAUAAGGUCGCUGUUUUGGUGAUGGGCAAAGGCAAGCAUGAGCUGAUCACCCAGCUGAGCCGAGUGAAGGACAAUCCAGACAAAUGGCCUGUGACUGGGGUGAAGCCUACUAAUGGCAAACUUGUUUGGUAUAUAGACUAUAAUGCACUUAUAGGAUAGGGGUUACAUUCCUAACUUUCAAUUUAUGUUUUUGGAGGUGCUUUAAUUGAACAGCUGGUUGGUGGGAAAGAAUGUAUGAGCCAGGACUUAAAGGACCCGUGGUCUGACACGUCUUAGCUUAUUAACCACAAAUCAUAUAUACUGCAUAGCAUUACUGCUGCAUAUUUCUGAUUGAUUCCCUACCUUCUAACCAGCAAUUACUUAGAGUUUAGAAAAGUACCUGCAGAGACUUGAACUUUGAUCCAAAUAAGAAAUCCAUUACAGCUUUCAUUGUGUAGUAUCGCAGUGGAAAACUUGUAAUAGAAAGCUGGUUUAAAACCCAGUCCCUCAUUGGUGGAUUCAUGUGCUUGUAAGAAAACAUACAUUAGACACUGUGAAAAGAACUCUUACAUCAAUGGGACUGCUGUUAAGACAACUUAAAAAGGCUCAGAUAGCGGAUGUGGAGUUUUCCAACACAUGAAUUCACCCACAAGAGUUGCAGCUAAAUUUCAACUUUAAAGAUCAAUCAGAAGCUUUGAAAAUGUGUUUGCAGGAAUGUUAAGCAUUUGUAAUUUGUUGUUAAUAAGUAAAAACCAACUUAUACGGUC